UUUGUUGUUCAAUUGAAAGUUGUUGUGAUUAGCUUCGAAUUGGGGAUGUAACAUCCUCCUUUGUCGAACAAAGGGAGGAGAAAGUCGCCGAAACAGUGAUCUCAUAUUUGUAUCAACUCAACUGCCACACCUCUUCUUUUCUCUUCUCUUCACUCACUUCACUUUACUAUCACGAUGUCUACUAACACAACAAUCAACCUCGCUCUUUCAUCUCCUUUCCACUUCCUCCCCAUUUCAACAAUCACUAUCCUCAUCAUCCUCUCAACAUAUCUUCUCUUAGUUCAUUUCCUCAGAUUUUCAAGACGAGAUUCAAUGAUUAGGAAAUUUGGAUAUACAAACAGAGAAUCUUUCAACGAUAUGACGAAUACGGAUGCGCAGAAGAUUAUUAUUCAUUUGGGAGAAUUGGAAUUUCCGAGCCUUUAUAAGAUGAGCAUGCAGUUUGGUCUUUUUAAGGUAUGAUGGAUUUUUAGUUGUCCGGUGAUAUGGAUUUGUUUUGAAUUUUGAGCCUCAUUUCGUCUCGAAAUAUGAUUUAUAUCGGAAACUAUAAACUCGCCAUCUUUUUAAGUUGUCAUGAAUACUCUCCUACCGUUCAUAGCCUCUUUCUCGAGAAUAGACUAACCCCUCCCCAGACCUAUGGAAUCCCCGCAAUCUCCAAACUCCUCGUCGACACCAAACAAUUCAGCUCCAAAGAAACAGCCAGCAAACGUUUUGCCGACACGGGUAUCCUAAUUGGAGAAUUUUCCUCUCAUCCUCCUCUUCAUCCACGCGUUCUAAAGGCUAUUUCCCGCAUGAAUUAUCUUCAUUCCGGAUAUCAAAAAGCGGGCAAAAUCUCCAACGAUGAUUUACUCUAUACAUUAAGUGUUUUCAUCACAGAACCCAUAAAUUGGGUUAAUAAGUAUGAAUGGAGAGAGUUCAAUGAUAUGGAAAUAUGUGCAAUCUCUACUUUCUGGAAAGGAAUAGGCGAUGCGAUGGAAAUUUCCUAUCAUGUACUUCCCCGAUUCAACAAGUGGAAAGACGGAAUAGAAUUCUACGAAGACAUUAGAGACUGGGCGCAAGAAUACAGGGAAAAAUUUAUGCUCCCAAAUCCAUAUAACAAGAAAACAGCAGAUCAACUCGUCCCACUCCUCCUAUUCCUUGUCCCAAAAUGGGCACUCCCAUUUGCGAAUGAUGGGGUGGGAGUACUAAUGGGUCCGCGUCUGAGAAAAGCCAUGAUGUACCCCGAACCUUCGCCUCUCCAUCAAUUCCUCAUUCUCUCACUCCUCAAAACUCGCCAAUUCUUCCUCCGCUACCUCUCACUCCCUCGCCCGGAAUUCAUGCGCGUGAGAGAAAUAAGUCCAACUGAUGAUAAAGGUAUAAACGAGAGAUUCCACUCGUCAAAUUAUUUGGUCCAUCCGUAUUAUCAAAAUCCGGGUUGGUGGAAUAGAUGGGGUCCUAUGGCGAUUUUUACGAGGAUUAUGGGGGGUUAUGUCCCCGAUGGGAGGGAGGAGUGGAAGGCAAAGGGGUAUAGGUUUGAGGAGGUGGGACCGAGGGAGAGGGAAUGUAAGGGUUUGGAGGAGAUGAGGGGGAUGGAGGAGAGGCUUGAGAGGGAGAGGAGUGGAGGUUGUUUGUUUGCUUUUGGUGGGGGUGAGAAGUGAAGUGGGGGAGAUAAGGAUGGAUAGGUAGGAUUGAGGAGUCCAGCUGGAAAUUGUGAAUUGGAGUUGUAGUUGGAGGCUGAGUUUAAAAGUUUUGUGGACAGUGAAAAGUAAAUAAUGGUUGGUUCACUAACUCAUCUUGCUCAAUGGAUUUUAUGAUGUAUGAUAGGUAUUUAUAGAUAUAAAAUAUGAAAAUAUGAAAUCGAUG